AUGCAUUUCACAGCUGCUUCCUUGGCCCUUUUGGCCGGAGCUGCCACCGCUUAUCAACCAGCUCACUACCACCCAAAGCGUAUUAACAACGGUACCGUCUCUGCCACCGCUACUGAUAACGGCCAAACCACUUUGACCGUUUUCGCUACCACCGUCCGAACCAUCACCUCAUGCGCUGCUUCCAUCACCAACUGCCCAGCUCGUGCCACCUCUGCCGCUGAGGGAGCUUCCACCACCCCAGAAGUUAUUGUCGUUACCGAUACCGUUACCUUGGCCACCACUGUUUGCCCAGUCACCGAGGCCGAAUCUGCUAGCGCCGCCAUCACUAGCAAGCACUUGACAUCUGCUCUUGCAUCCCUCUCAUCUGCCAUUGCCAGUGCUGCCAGUGAAAGCUCUUUCUACGGUGCCACCACCACCGUUGCUCUCCCAGCUGCUUCCAGCGGAGUUGUUGGUGCUUCAACUACGGCUUUAUCCGCCACACCGUCCGCCACAGCUGAUGCUUGCGUAUCCCAAUGUAAUGCAUCAUACAACUCUUGCCGAAGUGCUCCAGAUGCAAACCGAGCCACCUGUGCUUCCAACUAUGCAUCAUGCCUCGGAUACUCUCCAUAUGAUAGCAACGGAUCCCUUGUCACCCCAACUGCUUGCUCCUCGUCAGCAGCAUCAACUGCUCUCGGUGUUGAGACUAGCCCAGCUGCCUCAGGUGUUGUUGCACCAUCUGGAUCUUCCCCAUCCUCCGUCGUCGUUCCUCUCGGAACUGGUGUCGUUUCCGCCGUCCAAACCGUCACUACUAACGCUAGCCACACCUUAACCUACACUCUCGGCUCCGGUUCUUCCACCACCGUUGUCACCACCACCAUCAUUGAGACCUCCGCCUCUACCAUCUACGCCACCGUUACCCCAACUCAAACCGUUGCCGCUUCUUCCGGUGCCGGUUCCCCAGCUGGUUCCGCCGCUGCUUCUUCCGAGGCUGGUGUCGUUUCUGCUGGUGAAUCUACCACUUCCCAAACCACCACCGUCUACGGUACCUCCACCUCUACCCACUACGUCACCGUUUCAGCUGUUUCAUCUGGAUCUGCUGCUACUGGUCUCCCUGGUGUUAGCGCUAUUGUCUCAGGUGCUGGAUCCGCUUCCCCAUCCGCUUCCGCUGGUGCUUCCUCUGGAGAGACCACUGGAUCUGGAGCUGGAGCUGGAUCUGGAUCUUCCGGUUCCGGAUCAUCUGGAUCUGAGACCUGUGCUUGCGCCGAGGCCGCUACCGUCACCGUCACUGCUACCGUUGCCGCUCAAACCGUCACCGUUACUGCCGCUGCCGCUGGAUCUGAUGCCACUGGUGCUCUCUCCGGUAUCCAAACCGCUGUUGUUUCUACUGACGCUGCCGCUGCUACCACCGAUGCUUCCGUCGUUGUUAGCACUGCUACCGUUGUCCCAAUCCCAGCUACCACCGCCGCUGUCACUUCCAUCCCAAUGUACGGCAACGGAACUGUUGUUACUUCCACCAAGAAGUCCAGAUGCGCAUCUUCUGGUUUCUUGACCAGCAAGGCUAAGCCAACUGGUGCCAAGCCAACUGGUUACUAA